AUGCCGGCCAUUUUCACAGCCCCUCCGCCAUCCGCGGCUGCUCCUACCUUCAACCAGAUUAAAUACCAACAACACCAUCACCACCACCACCACGACCCUCUCUCUCCCUCGCACGAUCCUACGUCUCUGCAUCAAUUACCUAAACUGCAGACCGACAAUUCUUCCUUCUCCUCGGCCGAUACCAGUCUCACCUCAUCCCCCGAAUCGCGACCCAUCGAUCUUCGAAGUCCCAUACCCGAGGAAGACGAGGAAGAUGAAACCAGCAGCGAGGCCGCUAAUGAGCCAGUAACACCUACCGACUCCCAGCAUCCUUACUCUUUUCCAGAUAGGAUGAACGGCAUGAAGCCGCCAGAACAUAUCAAUUCGUUUGAUCUGAGUCGUUCACAACCACCACCUUUAAUUUUGAAUACCACGCCCACCCCUCCAUCAUCUACACCCACCUCCGAGAACAAGCCUCCUUCCAUACGCUCGACCGACCAGCCAACCAAGACAAGUCCGCCCAAACGACCCGCAUCCUCGUCAAAGGACUCGGGGAUCAAACAAAAAAUGUCGGGCUUUUUUCGUCGCUCGCUAUCGCAUGGAGCGAACGCUCACGAUGUCGUACCCGUACCACAACUACAAAUAGAAAACAAUGCGCUAUCGGGAUCCGAUCCCAACCUGAGCAAGGAACAACGCAGACGCCUGUCUGCUAAUAAUUCACCAUAUACAACUCGGUCCAAUUCUCCCCCAUCACCCGCUUCUCCAGGAGACACAUCCAACAUGAAGUCGCAACCACAAGCUCAACUCCAAGUAUGCGAACCUACGAAAGAUGACUUCUUCCAGAAUCGAAAAAAGAAUCGUGCUUCGACCGGACUAGGACACGGGAUUCGGGACAGGUUUUCAAGGAAGAGCUCACAUAACGACAAGGCAACCGAGCAUGAGCAACGAGAUCGAGCGACCAGCGUGGACCUCGACCCAUCGAUACAGAAUUGCGACGGAGACGCCAAUGCGAAGCUACCGCAAAGAGCCAUAUGGGCUCUACCUGCCGAGACCGGAAUUGGACUGAAAUCUCGCAGAAUGAGUUUGAGUUUACCUGACGAUUUUACGGUGGAUGUUGCAGAUCUCUACAGUGAAUUCCAGGAUCAGAGUAAAAUGGUCGGAAAACGCGGGAAGAGCAUUGGCAAAGGUGCAACCUCCAAGGUGAAACUAAUGUACAGAAAAGGCUUCCCUGGUGAAGUUUUCGCGGUCAAGGAAUUCCGAGGGAAGUCGUCCAACGAAAAGGCCGAGGAUUACGAGCAGAAGGUAAAGUCAGAAUACUCGAUAGCCAAGAGUGUUCACCACCCGAAUAUCGUCGAGACGUUCCGACUUUGCGUAUAUGCUGGGAAGUGGAAUCACGUCAUGGAAUACUGUGACCAAGGAGAUCUUUUCAACCUCGUCAGCCAGAAGUACCUCUCCAGACCAGAACGAUUGUCGGAUCGAUUAUGUCUCUUCAAGCAAUUGGUCCAAGGUAUCAACUAUCUUCACAGCAAUGGUAUCGCUCACCGUGAUAUCAAGCUGGAGAACUUAUUGAUUACCAAGGAAAGUAAGCUGAAGAUCACGGAUUUCGGUGUCUCCGAAGUCUUUGACGGUAUUCACCCUGGAUUGAGAGCUGCAGCUGGACAGUGUGGCAAAAACAUGGGAGAGGCUCGAUUGUGUGCUCCAGGCAUGUGUGGUAGCCCUCCUUAUGUCGCCCCAGAGGUAUUGGCGAAGCAAGGUGAAUACGACCCUCGUCCAUUGGAUGUUUGGGGAGCCGCUGUUGUGAUGCUCUGCUUAUGUGCCAAUGGAUGUUUAUGGACGGAAGCCCGUGAAGGAAGUUCACCUCUUUACGAUGACCUGGUUCGAGGAUGGACCAAGUGGAACGCCAAACACCCGGAAGGAGAAGUUCCAAAUAUUUCCGAGACAGACUAUCCACAUGUGGCAUUCUUCGAUCAGCAUAUCAACCCUCCCGCUCUUCGACGUAUCCUUCUUACCAUGUUAAAUCCUGAACCAUCCAGAAGAGCCACUAUGGCCACCAUCGCCAAAAACCGAUGGUUGAAAAAUGUCGAAUGCUGUCAGGUAGACAGCUAUGACGAUCCUACUACCACCGUGGACGCGACAAAACUGCGUUCAUGUUCGAAAAGUAUUACCAAAGUUGUCAGCCAUAAUCAUCUUCCUCCGCAACAAAACUUUGGCCAUAAAUUUGUCCGACUUCCCGGAAGUACGGAUAUGUAA